AUGGCUGACCUGUAUGGGGAAUCGCUGGAUUCUGACUCCGGUGAGCUGGCCAGCACCGAGGUGGAUGUUGUAUACCUCCAGUCAUCGCCGAUGGUGUCGCACAAGGUGGUGCCACUGCCGCCGCCACCCGACUCAGAGUCCACCGCAGUGUCGCUGGCGACAUCGUUCUCUCCUUACAAGGCCAAUAAUGUGUCGUUGUCAAGGACGUCGUCGCUGCGGUGUUCAUCUGCGUCAACGUCCCCAAAGCACAGCUUGGUGGAGCGUCCAUCAGGGCCGCCCCAGACCGUCACUUUCAAGGCUGACAAGACACUGAAGGGCCUCGUCGACGGCACAGAACCCUCGCCAAUCAGACGGGUGAGUGAGUGUGUGAGUGGCAACACACUAAAAUUCAAGAACCACUCAAUGUUUUGUCUACCAUCAGGUAAAUUUAACCCACAACUGAACAGUGGGAGCAGGAUAACUCUCAAAACUCAUUAUACAUACAGUAAGCUCUCUUAUAAAGCUCAUCUAUAUACAGUCAGUUCUUUUAUUUAGCUCCUCUAUAUACAGUCACCUCUUGUAAAUCUCCUCUAUAUACAGUAAGUUUAUAAAGUUUCUCUGUAUACAUUCUCUCCUAAAGUUUCUCUACAUACAGUCAGUUCUUAUAAAGUUCCUCUGCAUACAGUCAGUUCUUAUAAAGCUCCUCUGUAUACAGUCAGUUCUUAUAAAGCUCCUCUGUAUACAGUCAGGUCUUGUAAAGCUUCUCUGUAUACAGUCAGUUCUUGUAAAGCUUCUCUGUAUACAGUCAGUUCUUAUAAAAGCUCCUCUAUAAGUGACCCACUGAUCAGAUCUGACUGGUUCCGAACCCUUGACUGGUCUGAAACCUUGACCGGUUUCAAACGGAUUCGUUGGACAAUAA